UACGCACGCGCAAGCUGCGAGAAUGCAGUACACAUGCGCGAGCUUCGAGACGGCAGUACGCAUGCGCAAGCCGCUAGACCGCAGGACGCAUGCGCGGUCUUAGUGACGGUAGUACGCAUGCGCGAGUUUCGAGACGGCAGUACGCAUGCGCGGGCUUCGAGACGUCAGUACGCAUGCGCGAGGCUAGAGACGGCAGUAUGCAUUCGCGAGCCGUGAGACGGUAGUUCGCAUGCGCGAGAUUAGAGACGCUAUUAUGCAUGCGCGGUCAUCCUGACGGCAGUACGCAUGCGGGAGGUUAUAGGCGGCAGUACGCAUGCACGAGUUCAGAGACGUUAAUACGCAUACGUGGUCAUCGGGACAGUAGUACGCAUGCGCUGUGUUAGAGCCGGCAGUACGCAUGCGCUGUCCGCGUGAUGGUAGAACGCAUGUGCAAGCCUCGAGUCGACAGUACGCAUGCGUGGGCUUCGAGACGGCCGUACGCAUGCGCGAGGUUAGAGACGGCACUACACAUGCGCGACUUUAUACACGGGAAUACGCAUGCGCGCCCGUCGAGAUGGCGGUACGCAUGCGCUGGCUUCGAGACGGCAGUUGGCAUGCGCAAGCUGCUAGACAGCAGUACGCAUGCGUAGGCUCCGAGACAGUUGUACGCAUGCGCGAGCCGCGACACGGCAGUACGCAUGAGCGAGGUUAGAGACGGCAGUACGCAUGCGGAAGCCGGUGGAUCGCAGUACGCAUGCGCGGGCUUCGAAACGGUAGUACGCAUGCGCGAGGUUAAAGACGGCAGAACGCAUGCGCGAACCACGAGGCAGUAGUACGCAUGCACGAGCUUCGAGACGGCAGUACGCAUGCGCAAGCCGCUAGACCGCAGUACGCAUGCGCGGGCCGAGACGGCAGUACGCAUGCGCGGUCUUCGAGACGGUAGUACGCAUGCGCGAUUCUCGAGACGGUACUACGCAUGCGCGGGCUUCGAGACUGUAGUACGCAUGCGCGAGGUUAAAGACAUCAUACUCAUGCGCAACGUUCGAGACGUUAAUACGCAUGCGCAGUCAUGGAGAUGGCAGUACUCAUGCGCGAGCCGCCAGACCGCAGUACGCAUGCGCGAGCAUCGAGAUAGCAGUGCGCAUGCGCGAGCCGCCAGACUGCAGUACGCACGCGCGAGCAUCGAGACGGCAGUACGCAUGCGUACACAUCUACUAAUGCAGCACUCAGGAUUGGAAGAGAGAAAUGUAUCUCUGAGCCGGAGGUCCAAGAAUGGACUGUCUGCACGCACCUCAGGGCUUCGUAGAAACGGAUGAUAUUUAUAAGCUUCACGGCUCAUGUGCACCAUUAACUGCAGGGCUAAGUAGACUAAAGAUCGGUGGGUUGACGGCGCAGAGCGACCAGAAACUACAUAAACUACUUCUGCGUGUCUGCGCGCAUGUGUCCUGAUGCCCCCGGCACCAAACAAACACGGCCGCAAUUCCACCGAUUGGCCACACGAGGGCAUUAGAGACGGCGGAAACCACCUCGACGCAGUUCCGCCGACUGGCCGCGCGGCGGCACCAGAGACCGCGGAACUUCCCCGACUGCAUUGACCGGAUCGCCUGAGAACGCGGCACGAUUCUCUUUUUCCUUUGGUGACAGAGGAAAAAAAACACAGAAGAAGAAGUGGGGGGGAGAAAGGGAGACGAUGAAGAAAACCAAGGAAAAUUUCGACACAUAUUCGACAAAUUUCGACAAUAUUGUUUUUAUUGUAAGCCUCUUUACACAAGGAAUGAUGUUGGAAUGCAAGGUGCUGUACACUUUACACAGUGUACAUUGACAACAUCACUCGUUCCAUUUGCCUUUAUAAUAAUGGUUUUGGAAAGUUUUCACUGAAUCCCUACUUACACAAACUGUUACAGUGGGUUAGAAAUCAAACAACUGGCAAAAUAUAAACACCAGAGAAUCCAAGAUGGACUUCUGGCAUUUUAAAACACACAAGUCCCAUGGACAAUACAACUCUCAUUUCUUUGUACUGCAGAACAGCGAGACAGAAGUCAGACAAAGUGAUUUGAAUAUCUGAAGAAAUACAUAAAUAUCAGUACCUUUGCAGGUGAGAUGAACAAAAUCCUUUUUCCUGCCGUUCUCAUAGACACUCCUGGCUCUGGAACAAGGACCUGCCUGCAGGAUCCCACUUUGCAACUGCAAGCCAGUGGCAGGAAGGGAUCGUAACUAGCACAAUAUAUUCCUGAAAACUACUGUGCCCGUGCAGAUUCACAACCACUACUACUUCUGAUGUCAACCAAGUGAAAACACUUUGGAAAGUUCAAUGAGCAUUUCACAUAGAAUUAAAAUACACUAAAAUGAUU